AUUAUUAUUCUUGUACAUAUCCAUAGCAAACACUGAGUCAGCAUCCUGAAGUCCCCACCCAAAUCUCCAAUCCCUUUCUUUUCCUUAUUGUUCUCUCCGACCUCCAAAACCCAAACCAAAACCCCCCAUUUUCUCUCUCUAAAACCCCUCUCUCUCUCUCUCUCUCUCUCUCUCUUCACUUUGAUUCAAUUGCAGAAUUGGAUUAUUUGGCUGAUACAGGAUUUGCAUGUGAUCAUACUCCAUCAGGUGACUAGUAAGGAUUCUGAAUAGUACAGAAAACCCCAAAAAUUGACAGUAGAAAACCGUUGGAUUGUUGCUGAAGGUUUCCGAAAGUAACAUACUCGUUUCAGUAAAUAAUAUGGAGAGUGGAGAGGGGACUGCCGAAUCACUUAUAAGGAACUAUAGACUCGGAAAAACUCUUGGGCAUGGUUCCUUUGGUAAGGUCAAAAUUGCUGAACAUAUUCGGACAGGGCAUAAAGUGGCCAUUAAAAUCCUUAACCGUCGGAGGAUGAAGAGUCCUGACAUGGAGGAAAAAGUGAGAAGAGAAAUUAAAAUCUGUCGGUUAUUCGUGCAUCCACAUGUGAUACGUCUAUAUGAGGUUAUAGAGACACCGGCAGAUAUAUAUGUUGUCAUGGAGUACGUGAUGCGUGGAGAGCUCUUUGAUUAUAUUGUUGAAAAAGGCAGGUUACAAGAGGAUGAAGCUAGGCGCUUUUUUCAGCAGAUUAUUGCUGGAGUGGAGUAUUGCCAUAGAAACAUGGUUGUCCAUCGUGACCUCAAACCUGAGAACCUGCUUCUAGAUUUAAAAGGCAAUGUGAAGGUAGCUGAUUUCGGCUUAAGCAACAUUAUGCGGGACGGACAUUUUCUUAGAACAAGUUGUGGAAGCCCAAACUAUGCUGCUCCUGAGGUUGUGUCUGGAAAACUUUAUGCUGGAGCCGAAGUAGAUAUUUGGAGUUGUGGUGUUAUUUUGUAUGCUCUUCUUUGUGGUUCUCUUCCUUUUGACGAUGAAAACAUUCCCAACCUCUUCAAGAAAAUAAAGAGUGGACUGUACACUCUUCCAAGUCAUUUGUCACCCGGAGCUCGUGAUUUAAUUCCAAGAAUGCUGAUUGUAGACCCUAUGAAGAGAAUAACUACUCGUGAGAUACGUCAGCACCCCUGGUUCAAAGUUAAUCUUCCUCGCUAUUUAGCUGUCACUCCACCUAAUGCAGUGGAAGAUCUAAAGAAGCCUGAUGAGGAUAUUAUUCAAGAAGUUCUCCGGAUGGGAUUUGCAAGGAGCCAGCUGAUUCAAUCACUGCAGAACAGACUACAAAAUGAUGCUACUGUUGCAUACUAUCUAUUAUUUGAUAAGCGGUCCCCCAUUUCCACUGGCUAUCUAGGUGCUGAAUUUCAGGAGUCCGUGGAGACCUGUUCGAUGGGACCUUAUCUAGAUGUUAAUAAACCUGGAUUUCCGCUUGAUGGAAAUUUGUUACCGGAGAUAUCAAAAAAGAAGCACUGGAUAGUUGGACUUCAGUCUCGAGCACGUCCACGCGAGAUAAUGGCUCAGGUUCUCGGAGCUUUUCAAGGACUAAAUGUCAGGUGGAAAAAGAUUGGGCACUACAACAUGAAAUGUCUUUUCAUUCAUCCUAUUCAGAACCCAGAUAGUAUGGCCCUCAGUAAUCACAUAAACGAGAACCAUUAUGUUAAUGGUAUAACUCCCACCAAUGCAAAUGUGUCACAGCUGCAGGGUGUUGUGAAGUUCGAAAUGCAGCUUUACAAAACCAGCGAAGUGGAGUAUUUGCUUGAUUUACAGAGGCUUAGUGGUUCCGUGUUCCUCUUCCUCGACUUUUGCGCCUUUUUCAUGAUGCGGCUCGAUGUUCCUUAAUUAUUUCAUUACCAUUGCAAAAUUGUUGUAUGUCUGUAAAUACCGGUUAUUUCCACAUGUACAUGAUUUUUUUAUGUGCUUAAUCUGUACUCAUAUACUAAAUUAUCUUUGUAUAUAUGUGUGCAUACCUUGUGUUUAUUCUGAAGACAUUUUACGGUUGUUUUGAACGAGUAAUAGAAAGUCUUUGUGCCCAAGUUACGUAGUACAGGUUUUUUGAUGAGUCCAUACGAUCAACAUAAGAGUGGUAUUUUAUUGUCAAAUUGCGUCCAUUCAAGCAUUGUAAACAUAGCAGCAUCAUUGUAAGCUUUGGUAUGGUAUUGUUGAUGUUA